AUGGCCUUGAUCAACGUGACAAAUAUCAAAGUUGGAAACAAUUUUGCUCCAAUUCAGAGUCCUUUGGUUUUUCAGAUCGAAUUUGAAUGCCUAGAGGAUCUCAAGAAUGAUGUAGAAUGGAAAAUCAUUUACGUUACAUCCGAUGGGAGUGGUUAUGAAAAGGACUCGCUGCAGGAAGCAAUGGAUUACCUAAAGUCAGAUAAUCAAGGAGAGAUUGUACUAGAUGCAGGUGAAUCCACCAGAUUACGCUCGGGUAAGUUUAGUGUGUAG